AUGAGUGGGAGACACAUAGGGACAGUCACUUCUAUCUAUGAUGAUUAUUCCUCUUCCAUCAUCGACAUCACUCUGUUCAUCGAGUUUUACCAUAUCACGAUACCCCAGUUACGUCGCAACUUCAAGCACAGAAUCCUGCAGACUACCACAGACUCCGACCAGGCCCCGCCCACCCAGGAGGAUUUCGACAUGGAUGUCCCCCCCAUUUCUCUCCAGGUAGACCAGACCCAAGACACGAUCGAGCGCACUCCUAAUCCCAUCGCCAACACCAACAAUGGGCCGGUUGUGGCUGAGAAGACUAAGAAGCGGCUUGCAUGCAGCCUGCUCCAGACUCGUCCACUAGGUACUGUGGUGAUUCUAGCCCAGGUCCAGUCAAUAUCAGUAGAUGACCGUGGCUCUGAAACCGGAGGAGAUGGUUCGCACGAUCCUAAGUUGGAAGAGGACCAUGCCACCGUUCGUGCCCGGGAGGAACCCACGUCCCUUGAGGACGGAUACGACGGCGACAACAUAAUCGUUGCUCCCCACCGCCGAACUUAUCAUCGUCAUCAUCGCCGGCGCAGCGCCCGCAUCCAAUCUCGAGCCGCUGUAGCUUUUGGUAAAGAAAGCUCGUCGGACAGCAAUAAAGAGAAUUGCCCUCCUGCCUCUGCGCCUCGACAUAUGCGUACGCCACCGCCUUCCUCCGCCAUCCAGGGCAAAGAAACAGCUUCGGGUGGUAGGAGGUGUAAGCGUAAGAGGGCUUCUACCGAUGUGGACGGGACCCAAACCGGCGACCAGGACAACGACGACGACGACGAGGCCACAGCUAUCAUCCCGAUGAGCAAAAAUAGGAAUGAGAAUGAAGACAUCCCCACGAUCGAAGCCAACGAACAUGAGACCACCGAAAAUACAGGCUUCGAACAUAAGACAAAGAGGCUCCGCCACUCUUCCAAAAUACUAACCCAGGACCUCGCAGCGGAAAAAGCCAUGGCCCUCUUCCUGCUCACCUAA